CGUCAAUCGGUAUGUGUAGAGUGCACAUGCGCACUUGUGUUCUUUUGUAACAUGGGAUUCAAAUUCAAAGUGACGAGUUCGAACACAGAUCGUAAAUAUGGAAUCGUCGCCAGGGAUCUGGAAGAGCUAACGGACAAAGGGUGCCAGAAAUUGCAGCUCUCACGUGAAGGAUGUCGUGUAUGCUUAUUUGAAGAUGGGACAGAAGUUGAUGCUGAGUAUUUCUCGUGUUUGGAAGAUAACUGUAAGCUGAUCAUUCUGGAGCAGGGACAGAAAUGGGAAGGAGAGAUUUAUUACUGUUUAAACAAAAUAUUGCAUGAAUAUGAUGACAGCAAUGACGAAUUAAUUACGACUGCAAGCAGGAUGUUAUCUGAAGAAAUAAAACCCAAGAAAAUGCAGCUGCUGCAGUGUUUUGUUGAAAAUGCUGCUGAAAAUAUUAGAGCUGAAAAUCUUGAGGAUGACCAGGAAUGGUUUAAAGGUCUGAACUCGCGAUUUAAAACCAAAUCUGAUUAUAUGAGAUUUAGCUGUGGAAGAAGAAUGAGAAACUACCUGACAGAGGUUAAGAACCACGCUGUCAAACUCCAAGGAGACACAAGGAUAAAGUACUGUGUAUUUGUAAAAAAAAUAAAGAGGCAGCUUCAACAAACUGAGUUCAAUGGAUGUUACUUUGACAGGAGAGCAAACUACGAUCGUCGACUCUGCACUGCUGAAGGAUGGUUUACUUGCCAGGGGGCAUUUGAUGAGGAUUUCUGCAGCUUUGUCCAUUCCAUCAAUCCAUACGGUAGCAGGGAAAACAGAAUUGCCUUUAGCACCUGGAAUCUGGAUCAUGGGGUUGAGAAGAAACGGACCAUUAUUCCAACAAUAGUCAAAACUGUCACACAGCAGAACAUUGAUGACAGAGAUGUUGAACAUUUCUACAGCCUCUUGUUUACUCUGGCCAACCUGAAGCUGGUUCAUAUUGUCUGUCACAAGAAAACGGUACACAAUCUUUCAUGUAACCCACCCAAGAGAAAGAAAAGGAAAAGAUAAUAACCCAAUUUAGCUGGUGUAACUUGUACUAAAUUAAGCCUACUUUAUCAUUUCAUAGUUGCCUGUCUGCUAUCUGAGAGGGGCCUUUUACAGUGCUGAGAUAAAUAUGAUGCAUUAGCCCAGAUUUUCACUCCUGGAUUGGUUGUGCAGAGAUGGGAGGUUGGAAUUUUGUUUUUGGGUGGGAGUGGGGUGGGAGGGGGGGUUGCUGCUGCAUGGAGACAGCGUGCUGGAUUAUAAGCCAGAAAGAGUGCGGAGGCUGCUGGGGCAGAGGUAGCUGGGCGGAAGGCCUGCUUCUGUGCUCCGGCACUUUGAAUUAUUUUAAAAAUGUUCAAAACAAAAACCAGCCCUCAGCCCUCCCACUCUCCACAUACUCUCACCAUGGCCCAUCCAUUGCCACCCUAUGCCACCUCAUGUCCCCCACCCAACACUCAUACCCUCUAUUCCAACCUAUGCCCCAUCUGCAGUCCCAUGGCCCCUCAUACUCCCAUGACAACCUAUGUCACUCUACCCACCCUCCAUGGCCCCUCAUAUCCCCUUAUGCUACCACAUCCCCAUGGUCUUUAUAACCCCUAUGCCAACUUAGUGACAACUCAUGUGUACUAAUCUCCGCAUCCACCACUCUUUGGCCUUAUCCCCAUGUCAACUCACCUAAUAUCUUUUGACAGUUCUUUGACAGCUUUGACAUUCCAAUGAGUUUAUGUACUUUUUGCACACAAUCAUGUUUACUCUUAACAAUCUCAAGGAUGUCUUACCUCUCCCAAAGGAUGCCUUACCUCUCCAAAGGUGUCUUGGGGCCCUAUGCAAAGGGGUGCCUUACCUCUCUUGACUACUCAAAUAAAUCCACCAAGUUCAGACCUACUCUUACCUGGGGCAGUCUGCACAUGUCAGGUUUCACAAUCCUAACCGAUCAGAUUCCCACUUCAGUGGGGGAAACUGGUGAUUUAACUGGCCAGUUGCCUCCUUAAACCAUGCAUGCGUGAACCCCGACCCAACUCCAGUGCUGCCCCCACGAAAAUAUGAAAUGCCGUGUUCGGUGAUGGGACUUAGAAUUUCCAGCUAUUUCCUAGACUUUCACCAUGAUGCCUUCGUUGCAAAAAUUUGGGUCAAUAUUUAAUCAAUUGUCGCUGCAUAAUUAUGUCAUUGUUUGUACCAAUGCAUCUUUGUGCCAUGAACUCAAAAUCAGGCCAAAUACUUCCGGAAUGAAACGUGUAAGCUAGAAUGUUACACGUGGACUUCUCAUUUGAUCAUGUAUUUUAGAAGAUAGAGAUCAUACUUUUUUUAGUGUCUAGAAUUGUUCACGAGGUAGUGUGAAAAGUCUAUAGUUAUGGUAUUGGACUUGUAACCCAAAGCUGAGUUCAAACUCUACCAUGGCAGUUUGAAAAUUUGAAUAUAGCUAUCAAAUUGUCAUUAAAAACUCAACCAAUUCACUAACAUAAAGGAAGACAAUCUGACGUCCUUACCCAGCCUGGCCUUUGUGAUUUCAGUCCCACACCAACAUGGUUGGCUAACUUUCUCUGGUGGUUUUGCCAGCAACAAUUAAGUCCCAACAAUGAAUUUAAGAAACAUAUAUUGUCCAGAAUUAUGAAUGUACUCAGACAUGCUGGGGUGUGAUAUCCAUCACUUCACCCUGAUGGCGAUUUGGCCUGUGUACCUAGAGAGUGAGCCAACUUGCUGUUCACACAGAGAUCCUAUCUUGUGCAUUCCCCAUGUUCCCACAAUGUCUGUGCAUAUGAAUUUUUGGUAAAGGUUCCUGUAAUUGGCCUGAAGGGUGCCUGUAAGAUUCUCACCUGGAGGUAGAGGGGAAGUGGGAACCCUCUGUAAACCUCCUGAAAUGUACAGUCAGAAAGGAGUUGAGCUUCUCAGUUUUCACUCAGUGUCGAGCUAUUAUGCUGGGAAAUGGCUAAGAAGCAAAGCCAUAAAGGCUCAUGUAGAUAUACAGAAGAUAUUGCUUACUAUUGUUAGAAAGUCAUUAGGAGGUGGUCAAACCCAGGCAAUUAAUGGCAUUUAAAGAUGUCACAUCUCCUCAAAUUUGUAUGGGACCCCUUUGAAACAUGAAUGGUGAUUUGGUACAGUAUGUUGUAAAACAGAAGCACACCAUCCGGGGCAUUCAGAAUGUUCAGGCUUCACCAAUGCAAAGGCAUCUGAGAAACCUCCAAAUUCAUUAAAAGUGAAUGACAGAAAAAGGGAUUGACCAUCCUAACGUAUCACUUCGAUUAUUCAAUUGAACAAAAGAAGCUUCUUUUUGAAAUUAAGGUAUUAAAAAAGAGUUUUAUCACCUCUCCGAGCAGUCAGUAAUAAAAGCCUCUUAGUCAGUGGUAAUGGAGGCAGAAUCUUUCUAUGUUUAGUCGAAAGCAAGGUACCUUUCUUCCUUUAGCUAACAGAUGUAGAGUUUUGUAUAAUAUCUUUCAAGUUAGAGAGGAAGAAGUUAGAUUGUACAGCUAUACCUGACAGGCAGAGAUAUGUACAUCAGCUAUCUGUACUAGUGUCUGUGAGUGAGGCUAGCUCAGAUACCAUUGUUUGUGCAUUCAAUCAGCACCAAGAAUCCAUAUGGAACAGAUAACCUGCCAAUUAAGGGCCUCAUUCAUUCAACACUCCGGAGACUAACGCCUACAUUCCAGUUAAGGAAGAAGAUCAACUCAGCCACAUUCCUCAUGAGGAUAUGGUCAUAUAACGUCUGGAAGCUCAUUUACAUUAAUCUAUCCAGUAGACUGGAUUUAGGAGGAUGUUAGCUUGCCAGUUAUCCAAGGACUUAUCCUGAAAGUAACUUUGUGAACCUGCAACAGUCUCAGACUCUGAUCUCAACUAUAAUUUAGUUAGUUAUUCCUUUCUUGUUGAUUUAUUGUGACACCCCUGAAUUGUCUGUACAACCUCUGUUCCUUAUUUUGUUAAAUAGCUCAAUCCAUUAAUAAUUUGUUAUUCAAAUUGUUGGGUAACCCUAAAUACAUCUGUUCCUACCCAUUUAUUGCUUGUAUUCUCAGUGUAACUUUGUUAUGAGUCAGUGAAUAAUUCUGAGACUUAUUGUCUACUUCUUUUUUGAUUUGUCAAGAAAGGAUAAUCCACAAUUCAUCCACCUCAGUAGCUUGUGGGCAUCCUAAGCGAGUGUGAGUGAAACAAGCCAAAUUUGAUCUGAAGUCGUUCAUGUAAGACAAUUUGGCGAGCUGACUUUGGCAUCAUUCAUGCCUAGAUCUAAAACUGGGUGGUAAAAUACCAACUGUUCAAUAGUAAGGAAUUAAGGUAAGGAGAUGCAUGGAUUCACUAGGUCCUUUGGACUCCUAAAACCCAGCAUUCUUACAGAAAUUUCAUUCGGAAUUGCUAAAUAGGGAUCAGGAGCAGGGACCAUAAUUGUUUGAACUUUUCCUUCCCAAGGUUUGUAAUAAUGAAGGCAGUUAUUACUGUCCUGCUGUUUGAUUGAAAUCAACUCAUUUAAUAUGGAAGAUUGAACCCAGGAAAGUCUGUAUGACUUGACUAUAGUAGGCAGUGUAUUUGCUCACUGAGCCAUAGAAACCUGUAACAAUGUUUUGUGUUAUGUUAUAAUUAUAAGUUAUUUUUCUAUUAAUAUUAAUAUUUAAUUCUGUCGAUAAAGCAUCACUUUUAAUACAGAAAAUAUUGUUACAAA